AUGACGCCUCGGUCGCCGCGCUUCGUCACCGCCGCCGCCGCCGCCACUGCCGCCAUGCUCGGCCUCCUGCUUCUGCUGCCCUCCGCCUGGGCCGUGACUCUGGAAGAGGCCAGGAAGAACCCCAAACAGUACAUUCUGUAUGAAGAGGCGCCGUUCAACAUCGGCAUGCACGUCGGCCUGGCCAUGCUGGUCACCUACGGGGCUCUCACGUUUCUGGUCAUCUUCAUCGCGGUCGUCUCCAAACUCGUCCAGAAGCGCAGCAAGCGUCAAUAG